AUGCAGCAACUGGGCCAGCUACAGCACUCGGUGGAGUUGUGGCGCGGCCUGGGGAGCCAGGUGGCGGACCUGCUGGAACUCACGUCGCUGGCGAUAGAAACCGGCGACGAGAGCGUGGCUGACGAGUUGUCCGUGGAAACGGCGGCGGCGGCGGCGAGCCUGGCGAAGGCGGAGAUGGCCCUCACCCUGUCGGGCCCCUAUGACGAUCGUCCGGCGAUCUUGACCAUCCAUUCGGGGGCCGGAGGCACGGACUCCCACGACUGGGUCGAAAUGCUGACCGGUAUGUACGCCGGUUGGGCCACCACGGGCAGCCGGCCGGUUCAAGUGCUGAACACGGCAUACGGCGACGAAGCGGGUUUGCGGACCAGCACGCUGGAGAUCGGGGGGCUACACGCUUUUGGCUACCUGAACGCCGAAGUCGGAGUACACCGCCUGGUGCGCAUUUCCCCCUUUGAUCCGGCGCGGCGGCGCCAGACAUCAUUCGCCCGCGUGGAGGUGCUGCCGUCGGCGGUGGACGAUGACCCAGAGGUAGAGGUGCGGGCAGACGACCUGAAGAUGGAUUUCUUUCGUUCCAGCGGGCCCGGCGGGCAGAACGUGCAGAAAGUCGCGUCGGCGGUGCGCCUGACCCACAUACCCACCGGGAUAGUGGUCACAUGCCAGACGGAGCGAUCACAGCACCAGAACCGGGAUUACGCGAUGCGGAUCCUGAGGGCCAAGCUCCUGGCGCUGCGCGAAGAGGAACGGGCCCAGGAAUUGUCAGCCCUGCGCGGCGACCGGGUCUCGGCCGAAUGGGGGAAUCAGAUCCGCAGCUACGUGCUGCACCCGUACAAAUCGACGGAUUCAUCGAAGCCUGGCUGGUGA